GUCCCACGGGAAUGGAACAGAAAGUGUCAGGAAAGUGCACACCGUGUGAUAGAAGCUUCUACAAAGACAACGCAGGCAACAACAAGUUUGCCAUGUGCAAGCCAUGUGGUAACGGGAAUACGACUGAAACAACAGGGGCUACUUCUUGGACCAUGUGUAGCAUACCCGAUGAAGAUAAAGAGCAAUCGUCGACAAUUAUAUGGAUUGCAACGACGUCGGGAUUAUGUCUGCUAAUAGUUGGCUUCACCAUCGCUGGUUGUCUGUGUAUGCGAAGGAAGAAAAAGAAGAGGGCCCAAAAAGCCGUUCAACUGAAUGAACUAAAACCAUCGGAUAUACCACUAGAAUUGAUAGACAGCAACAGUGGUAAUUAUGAUGUCUUGCUCGACGACAAUAAUGAAGACAACAGCGGUAAUUAUGAUGUCUUGCCAAACGACGAUAAUAACGACAACACCGAUCAUUAUGAUGUAUUGCCCGACAACGUCCAUGACGACUUUAUCGUUCCGUAUGCAGUCGUCCCUUUGGACAAAACAGAGCGUGAGGCGACACCAAUGUACACAUCUCUUCAGCCACAGAUAACAAAUGAUUAUCAGCACACUGGUUUGCGAGAACCCAGCUACAUGAUCCCAGCAUCAUCGCAUUUAUUGGGCCGAAUAGGUGAGAGCGAAAGUUCAGUUCAGACAUAUUCUGCAGUGGCCGAAGAACUAGACAAUGCCGCCACAUCGGAGACAAAGUACAAGGCGUCCGCAGAACUGAUAAAUGUCACUAAAGAAAUAACAACUAACGCUAGCGCCGAAAAACUGUUUGAUUAUGGUAAAAGUGAGGACAACUUUGAAGCGGAGACAAAUUACACCGUCGCCAAACAGGAGAAAAUUCAUGAAAGUGGGGAAACAAAUUACACAGACUUUGAAUUUUUGGAGAAUGACACUCAAGGGGGGAAAAACAAAGAAUCCGGAAUCAAGGAUUACGUUUUCGUAAUAAAAUAGGGUACAUGAGAUUAACAACAUCAUAGGGGACAUUUUUUCCGAAUAGGAAUGUUUUCAUAUGGUUUUAACCUAUGCAGUCAAUUGUUAAAUUCCUCAAAGCAAAUUUACAUGUUUGUGUUGCAAAUAUAACUAUUUACCCCCAGUCACGAGCUUUGUCAAAAUAAACGACCUAGCAAUAAACCUUAUGAUUUCAGAAAUUCUUGGAUAUAGUUGUCAUGCACAUAAUAACGUCGUAUUGUUGUUUAUAAACAUAACGCCAAUUGUCAUUUAUGGUGUUCGUUCUUUGAUUUAUUGGUGUUUUAUUUUCUUUAUUUGGGGAUAUUGCUGUUUGUUGUUGUUUUUUAAACAGAACCGAAUAUUUUAAGAAUACUGUACGAUAAAACAAUUCUAGGUAUAAAUGUCGAAUACAAAUUCGUUUAUUGGCUUGUCAAGUAGGCAUCUCCAAUACCCCAGGCUUAUUGCUCAGUUUUUUUGUGUAAGCAUCGCUAAAUAAUUGUAUGUGAACUGAUUUCCUUAAACGAGUUGAGGAACAUUGUUACGAGCAGUUAACGAACCUCUUUUUCGAAUCCUCAGGACUUGUUUAAUACACUAUGAAAGGAGUCGACGAUCACUGGUUAAACUUGUGAAUGGCAUGUUCUUCAACAAAUGAACAAACAAUACUCUUUCAAAAAAUGUUGAUGAACCCCAACAGUUAAUAAAGAAAGAUACUAGUAUAUGCUUUUCAGAGCCACAAUCUACUAUCCCUGUAUAUGUUUAAAAAUAUAAAUAUAUCAGUGUAUUAAGAAGACCACUUUUUUAUCUCGAAGGAACCACCGAAGAAACAACCGUGUCGUCGGUAGGUGAUUUCCAGAAUAAGCCAACUAUACCUGUAAACAAGUCAGAUGUACGGUUAGAAACAUCAUAACCUCAUACUUGUGAUAAGGGUACUUGUUCAACCUAAUGAGCAAUAAAAUAUAGAUUUUUUUUUGAAGCUUAGGUCAACGUUUACAGUAUUUAUUAUUACAAUUAGACAAAUAUACAUUAUUGAUUUGAUUUAUGUAAUGUAUGAAUGUUAUAAGCCUACCACCUUUUUUAUUAAAUAGUGUGUGUUGCGUUUAUAAAUUAACUAUACUAUUACUUAUGAACCAUGGUCAUCCAGAUUGUAAAAAUAUAUUCUUAGAGCGUACAUCAAACGUUUCCAUUGUUUCAUCUGUUUAAUGUGUCUGGUUUGUUUAGCACUUGGCAUAUGUAUUGAUUUAUAUGUGUCUUAAACAUGACCUGCUAUUUAUCAAUUAACAUUCAUUUCCGUUCAUAUAUUCAUACCAUGUAGA